AUGGAGCUAACAGGUAAUAUUUUCGACUCAGAAUCUACUACAUCAAUAGCACAUUGCAUUUCCGCUGAUUUUAAUAUGUCUCGAGGUAUCGCCCUUCAAAUGAGACGGAAAUUCGGGCAGGUGGACCAAUUGCGGAAAGAACAAAAAUCAGUUACUGAUGUAGCCGUUAUUCAGUCAGAACAACGAACAAUAUUUUAUUUAUUAACAAAAGAGCAUCACUGGCAAAAGUCGACGUAUCAAGCAAUCUAUAGUUGUUUACAGAAACUUAAAGAAUUGUGUAUGCAAUUAAAAAUAACCAGUCUAGCUUGUCCAAGGAUUGGAAGUGAAGCAGAUGGACUACAAUGGGAAAUCAUCCGAAACAAGAAAAAUGAAUUUGUUCCAGGAAACUCAUCAUGGCAUUCGCUGGAAUUUUUAAGAAAAAUCCGUCAUUCUCGAAAAUGGUAA